AUGACGGCUGCCAUCUGUCUUAAUGCGGGCAUAACCAUUUACCAUCUGUUAUCCCCCUCGCAGCUGACCUCCUUCAGUAUUUACCUCGUUGCUCUUUACCUGGCCAACAUUGUCUACUGUGCGGUGGUGACCACCAUGGAAAUCACCGGUGAUUUGUACGGGACGUGGUGGAUGGGACACCCGCUGUGCAUCUUCUACAACUACUUCGAAUACAUCGCCAGCCUAGCCGCGGUCAUGUUCCACGCCCUGAUCGCCAUCAACCGCAUCUGGGCCAUCAGCCAUCCGGUCUCCUAUCGCUUGUACCAUAACAAAAAAAUCGCAGGAUUGCUGUGUCUGGCAUCGUUAUUUUACGUGCAUUUUUUGGAACUACCGGGUUUAAUCAUGGAUGCGCUGUAUUAUCAUCUCCCUGAGGAGGAUCACGGAUGCCAUAUCAACACCGUGGCCAUGCCGGUAUGGGGCUGGAUCGAGCACGUUUUCUGCCGUCUUCUCCCGUUGGUGUUGGUUGUCUUCACGUUCGUCUACACGAAUGCGGUUAUCUGGUACCGGCGACGUCGGCGCGCAAACUUGGUGACCGCCCCACCGAACGGGAGCGAUGGGAAUCCAAACAGCGCAAACUCCAUUCCGGCCAAAGGACGCGGUGGACAAAUGGCUGCAGCAUCCGGAAACCAGAAAAGAGAGGUCAAGGCUUCGCUGGUAUUGACGAUGAAUGCUAUCAGCGUUUUGGUGUGCUGGUUGCCGGCUGAUAUACUCUUCGAUGGAUACCUGUUCUUCGGCAUCGCCUUCUCUAACACAGCGUUUACGACGGUUAUGUUGCUCUACUCGAUGCAGAGCGUUUUUGAUCCGUUGAUGCUUCUGAUUAGUCUGAGAAAAAUUAAGUGA